GUGAAUGGACAAUUGACGCUAGGAGAGAACAUCGGCGAUUCCGCUGGCGUUGUGGCCGCGUAUUACGCAUAUCAGCACAAAAAAGCAAAACUGAACAAGUCUGAAAUACGACUGCAAGGACUCGAGGAGUUUAGCGACAAUCAGAUCUUCUUUAUGAACUUUGCGCAUGUGUUCUGUGAGAAUGUCACGCCGCAACAGACACAAGUGUUAUUGCUGGACGAGCAUCCUAGGCCGGAAAUAAGAAUACGAGGUAGCCUCUCGAAUUUCCCUGAAUUCUCUGCAACUUACAAUUGUCCGGCAGGAAAAGGAAUGAAUCCGGAUACGAAAUGUUCUCUUUG